AUGAUGCGUGGGGAAUUCAUGGAUAUCUUGAUCGCUGAAGAACAACGACUCAGCAGCACUUCGACCAGCAACCAUGAAAGCCCGCAACUGUCAGAUAUUAUGGAAGAGAGCUGGAAGAUGGGAACGCUCUGGUAUGCACUUGCACUCGCCAGCCCCACCGGUCUCUUUACAGUGUUUUACAAGCAAAUUCAGCCCAUAUUUCUCGAGAAUUGUCCUGAGCAUGAUACUUUCCAACAGAUUAUGCCAUGGUAUUGGGCACAGGACUGGGUCAAGGUUGCAGCUAGUAAACUAUCGAACAGGAAAGAGUAUGACAUCCGUCUGCAGCAAGCCUUUGAAGGCGACACGAUGGCCAAAUGA